CCGAAUCCCACUGAGAACCUGCGACUUUACACGCAGUCAGGGAAAACGAAUUAGUGUUGAAUCUACACAACAUCUUUUGAAAUGCAAACUGUGUUGAAAGUUAUUUCAACCGCUCUCUGUUUGGCUGUUUCCUUGGCAUCUCUGUCGGAGCCAUGGAUUGAAGAAGAUAACAAAGAAAGUAUUAUGUCAACAGAUUACGUGCAAGGCUCCUUGUGGCCCAAGCCUUGGAUAUACAAUGCGAGUGGGAAGGUGUUUUCACUUGCUUCCAGUGAUUUUUCUUUUGAUUCCACUGGGGAAACUAGCGAUGUUUUAACGGAAGCUCUUGAACGCUACAGAAGCCUAGUUUUUCCAGACCCAAUGGAAAAAUGUAAAGCAACAUUGCCUAAGAUCACAAAGUUGACGGUGAAGGUGGAGGAAAAAUAUUCGCCUCAAUCACUGGAAACUGACGAGUCAUGUAAGUUUAAUAUUGAAGAGAAUCAAUUUUUGGUAGAUGCUUACAAAACAUACCCAAGGGGUAAGUGUUGGAAGUUUAAGAAAUCUUGGUCACUAGAGAGUUGACAUUGCGUGACUAAUGCCGUGUUUAGACUUGAGCGUGCUACCGAGGUAUUGGAGUUAACUUAGCGGCCGACCAUUUAACUCUUGAGGGGGGGGGAGUGGAUGAUUUUGAAAAAAAAUUUCCUGCAAGCGCUUGUCGGAAGAAAAAAAUUGCAUGCAGCACAAAUGUAAUAAAGAGCUUAAGGGAAAAAAAGGGAAAAAAAUAUCCUGCCCACCAUAUUGCUAGAAAAAAAAUUCUUGAUGACCAGAAAUCACCCACCCCCACCCUCAAGAGUUAAAUGGUCGGCCCCUUACCUAGGUAAAUAUUUUGCGUGUGUAAACGCCAACUGAUACCCUGGUAAACACCGCUCAAGACAAUAGAAAGUUAACUAAGGUAAAAGUUCAGUUUACCGUGCGAGCAGGCAUGGUUAAGGUCGGUAACCAAGGUUUGGAUGACAGAUACAUCCGCUUGCGGUCGCAUAGAAUUUCACAUCCUGUGGUGUCGGGAUUGCGUCAGUCUCAUUCGAUCACGUUUUCGACCAGGUUUCCACGUUUGGUUUCGGUCUACGAAGAAGUUAUGGCAAAAACCAAAGACACAAAAGACACACCAUUCUUCAACAAAAUUUCCAUUUAAUAGAGUUUCGAACCAGAAUUGGUUUCUCGGCCACGACCACGCACGUCUAACGCGCCUUGUCUUGCGAAGGGCAAUUUGUGGCAGAAUUAAUCGCUUUCGCCUCGACCUCUUUAGGUGCUGCAAAAGUAAGAGCUGCUGCAAUCUCGAUUCCUGGGUUUGUUGAUCAAGAACAAGAAAAUAAAACGCGAGGACUACAAGAGCCACAGCUUCUCUUUUAAACGCGAGCAUUUUAUGCGUGGAUUUUGAAUUUUCCGCCAAUUCGAUUAGACUGUGAUUGAUGACAGAUUUACCUUAGUUAUUUGAGCCCGUAUAAACACUGUACAAAUGUACCAGGGUUUAGUCAGUUAAUGUUUACCUUGGUAAACGCUUGAGUGUAAACACAGCAUAAGUGUCUAGUACCGUAAACGUCCGCUCAUAAGCCCCCCAGUUAUUAUCCCAUCCACCUGUAAAAAAUACAUCCGGUUAUAAGUUCCCCCGGAUAUAAGCCUCCCUCUAGCAUGUACUGAAAUGAAUUCGAUUUGUUAAGUCGUUUUGAAGCUUAAAAAAGGGAGUAAAUUAUAAAAGUAUUUAGAUCAGCACUGCUAUGUAGCUUCUUUUAGGUCCGGUUCAGUAAGCGUCCCCGGGUAUAAGCUGCCCCCCUCCAUUUAGAAGCCCUCCUAAAACCCCUUACGAAGUUAAAACCCCAGGGCUUAUAAGCGGAAGUUUACAGGUAUUUUCCCACUACCUUUGCAUUACCUUACAUUUUCUAUCUGAAAAAAGGACCCACCCAUCUGAAAAUUUUGUGGCCGAAUCUACUGUAGUAAUAUAGUUUGGCACAGCUGGAAGUAAAAAAGGAGUUCUCGGGGAUAACGUUGAAGCAAAAAGAAAUUAAAAGAUUUUUCAACUUAAGGCCUGAAAUCUAUUAUUUAGUAUAAAUUGAUAACUAUUAAUAAAAAUGAUGAUAAAAUAUUUCCCAGAAAUUAUUAAUUUACUAUAUUUGCUUGAUUAUUCUUGAACUAAUCUUGUUUUGCACUGUCUCAUUAAGAUACCCUUGUGAUAGAUGGCCCCACAUCAUCUCUUAAUGCCAAGACAGUCUGGGGUGCACUGAGAGGUAUGUAAAGGCUGUGACUCAGUUAUCGAUUCAUAGCACACCUACAGGACAAGCUCUCAGUUUCCUUUUAUGAGACGAUGUCCACACAUAUGAUAAAGUCGAUAUAGUUGGCUGUCCAGAACCACGUUUCCCAGAUGUCUACCUUUGAUAAGUCUCCACGUAUCAAGAAUGUCUGUCUCGUUCUAUUUUGGUGGAUGAUGGCCAGUCACUCGACCCCCCCCCCCCCCUUCUCCCUAUUCCUCAAUCUUUCAAGGGUCCUGUUUAGACUCUCCUUGUAAUUCUCUUAUUUUCAUUAAUACUGUCAUUUUGUCAUUCAUUUAACAGGUCUUGAAACUUUCAGUCAAGCUGUUUACCAAGAUGAGACUGGAUUUGUGAGGCUUGAUUAAAUAAUUACACGAUUUUGUCUCUUACCUCUUUUAACUCUGCAUUGUAUAGCGGAUUAAGAUUUCAUUAUAUUGCAUUGUCUUAAAGUAGCAGUGUACAGCCCCAUCCACAUCUGGGGCAAAUCCAGGACAAUCUUAUAUCCAGAUCUCUUGUGGACAAAGCCAUCCUCUCCUACUAGAGAUCCGGGUACGAGAUUAAAUCUAGGAAUUUUAUUGGGGUGAAAAGGAAGAGGAAGGGUAAAAAGUGGGGAAAGUAUCUGGAGUAUGAUGUGCGAUUAAGAAGUCCAAGGAACAUGGUAGAUUGGGAAACCACUGAAGAUUAGUCGACUCUGAAAAUGCCACUUACCGGUAGUCUAGACUUAGACUGCUUGCAUGCCGCCUUUUCUCUUAAAAUCCGUCAAGUUCUUAUCUCAGCCAGCGCGAUUGCAAACCACGACGUUAUGUUAGAAGGGAUUGGGACCAGACGAGAAAAGACUUUUUCUUCUCGGGCUUGCGCCCUCGUUUAUCGCGCGCCGCUGGCGUGCUUGGGUUUCGCUUGCAGUAACUUUGCAAGGAAAAAUAAGAGACUGCUCGCAGUCUAGUCUAGACUACGAUCAGUCUCCUAUUUUCUCUUCUGAGUCACAGAAGAUAAAGAGUUUGUGCGAGGGCUCAAUAUCUCCUCCUUUUUAUCUCUAGCUUGCAUUAUUUUACUUUUCGCUCGCCACGCGUAGCUAUGUAGUGCAGGCUAAUGCCUAUGAGGAACGAAGGACUACUGCUAACGGUCGACCGGUAGGCAUCUGAGAUUGGUAAUUUGUUUUUGCUAAUUCUCUUUCUUGAAGGAUUCCUUGCCAACUCUGCCAUAUUGAUCAACCUAACACCAUCCCUAAGUUUCCCCAAACAAUCGACUAGAAUAGAUCAGUUUUAAAACAUGUAAUUUUUAUAUAUUCUUUUACUAUCCAAAAACGUCUCAUUUCAGUACCUUGCCAGUGGGUCAUCAAUCAGCGACUACCCACGAUUUCGCCACAGAGGAUUCAUGAUUGACACAUCCAGACAUUUUUUGGAGCCUUCUGUUAUAUUUAAGUUCAUUGUAAGUCGCCGUAUUCUUGGCGGGAAAAAUAAGGUUUCGCACAACCCUCGGAUUAGAAAGGUUUGAAGGCAUAUUGCGGCAGAUCUUGAUCCCCUUAAUUAAUACCUGGUAGUUAGUGGAUUCAAAUGAAUGAAUGUGUAAAGACUAGAGAUAUUUUUCACCAAACGGGAAACUUUAGGCGUAUUUAGUAUUUUCUUUUAUAACCUCUAUUCAGCUGUUGUGACAUGCGCAGAGGAAAUUUGUGAUACUUAACGGUGCCAACUUAUCAAGGAAUCUCGGUAAAGACAAUAAAUACUGUGAUUUUUGCAAUAUUUCAUGCGUUUCCUUAGCCUUUCUAACUGAUUGGGUGCCCUGUGGUUUUGGGGCCUAAAAAAACUAGAAAAAAACCUAUACCCCAAUUGGACUCUCCUUACUAGCAGGUGUUGUUUAGGAGGUCAGGUUUUGCCAUAAUCAUCCGCUGUCAAACUUAUUCUAAUCCGUGGGAUGUGCGAAAUCCCCCUAUGCUACCAGACUAUUUGCCUUACUUUGUUUUGUUAUUGCUUCUAUGGGUUUUAAUCAGUAAAUUGAACAAGUGCCUUUUCUGCCUGUCCUUAGGAAGCCAUGUCUUACAGCAAGUUUAACGUCCUUCACUGGCAUGUAGUGGAUGACCAAUCAUUUCCAUUUGUUAGUGACAGCUUUCCUGAAUUAAGUGGGCAGGUAUUUGAUGCUUAAUUGAGGUGUAUACAGAUUGUGUAUGCAUCUAACACUCAUUUAAGGCUAUGUUUACACCAUGCCGAAUAGCUUUUGCGCUGCAAGAAAACUAUACUGGACGGGGCAUCUUUUCGUACAUAAGAACGGUGAUCUCGGUGCGAUUUGUAUAACGAAGUGAAGCUGGGUCGCGCCGAUCUCGAAAGUGGAGCGUCGCAUAUCGGAUACAAGGUUUUGUGUUACUCACACCUUGCUGGAGAGUGAACAGGUAUAUUCGGACCGUAGAAAAAGUGAAUAAAUGGGAAAGAGGACUGCUGACCCACUGAGACGAAAGUAAAUAUUCAGGAGUGAGGACCGGAGAAAUCUCUCGGCCAACACGCCUCCGGCACGAUGUUUGAUGUGUGUGAACGACUUGUUCCAGUUCUGUAUUGUUGCUGUUCUGGUACUCAUUUAAUAUGAAACGUAUAGUGUGAAACAAGCCUAAAAAAAUCUUUCCAAGGACAAAUUCAUCCACUUCUUCUUACGAAGCUUGGAAUCGAGGAAGAUGACGUUCAAGUGCCCUUUCUUUAGCCGGAGUUUGAAAAUGAAUACUCAGAAUUAUUGUAUUCUUCACAGAACUGUAAUACAUUUACAAACAUCGCCCGCCUUGAUUAACUCUCGUUUUACAUGCGUAGUGUAUACAUUUGAACCAAGUAUUAUUGAACUUAUGGAUAAAUAAAUGAAACAAAAAGAAAUCGGUCGGGGCAGAGGAUUUUGAAGGGAUCUUCGACUUCUUCAAAAGGGAAAAGGGGGAAUCAAUGUACCAGUGUUCCUCUUCAGACUGAUGGCAAUGGGAGAGCUAUUUUUCAGUGUAAUAGACGAUAUCAUAGACCCAAAGUUAUAGUAUUCAACUUUGGUAACGGAAAAUUCAAUCGAAGUUAAGCUUAAUUAUAUCUGACGGCGUACUUGCAAAGAUUAGAGUUCAAAUGAUAAAUCAGAUCAUACUUAAAAAUGUUCCAUUAUGAUAACAGCAGCCACAGAGAGCCAGGAACCCAAUCUUUGUUGCGGAAGCGUAAAUGAAACAAUCAGUAUGUUAAUUGAUUCACCUGUUAAGUCACUCAACCCACCAACCAAUCAAUCAAUUAGUCAGUCAACCAAAAUUAGUUGAUCGUUGUCAUUCGUAGGGGUUUUCUUUUCUUUUUUUUUUCCUAGGGUGCUUACAACAACAAAACCCACAUUUAUACAAAAGAGGAUGUCAAUAACAUUAUCGAGUACGCUAGGAUGCAUGGAAUCAGAGUUGUUCCAGAAUUUGACACGCCAGUAAGAACGACUAUAAAGAGUGUAUGAAGUAGAAUGGGAUGACAGGUCCCGUGCAAGCGACAGCAUGAAACCAGCAUUUUCACCCACUGAACAGGAGUACAACAUAUUGGUCCAACGUCACCCAACAAUGUUGUAUGGUGUUGGGUGCGUUCAUACGGACCUAAGUGUUUUUAGUCAAUCAAACCCGGGGUCCGCAAAAUUUUUUGAACUAACAAACACUUGCAUGGAUCCGCCUUUUCGUUUACACGGGACCCGCAGAACCGUCUACGUUUUUCAACAACAAAUAGUAGAAUUUGCACGAUUCCGUGUGGACGGUUUGCUCAAGUAAAAAAAAUCGCCCGUUCAAAAAUUUGUCCAGAGCCGGGUUAACGGGGUUUCACUUGCCAAAUCAGUUCCUAUGAAUCGCGUUUACCAUUUGCAUUUAUCAGUUGCAUUAACCGAAAAACUCCCUCAAAAGGCUGAAACUGGUAUCAAAUAAGAAUGGCUUUGAAGAAAACGAAUGAAACACGAAUUUCCGUUUGGAACAUUCCGACCUGGGGAAAAAAGGGCCACCUUUUCAGACGUUCUGUUGCUCCCUAGAAUUUUUCACCGGAACGACCUUAACAGUCGUGUUCCAUUUACUUUCCAACCGGAUCUUCCGGAAACUUUUUGCCAAUGGUAAACAACCAAAAUCUGCCAAUUUGAGCAUCGCGGUCGAGUUUGUGUAUUCUCUCAAAACAAUCGAAUUUCGACAAGUCUUAAUGUUAAUACGUCAUUAGUGUGAACAUCUACUGUCGCACUACAUCCAAAAAAGUUAUCACUUCCACCCAUUAUUUUCCAUCAACGUCUAUAAGAUUUUCUGUUGUCUUGAAAAUAGACCGCGAUUUCUCACAUUGCUGUUUUUGUGUAGUGGGAAUUCACAACGUUCUCUAGCACUUCCUAUCAUUUUGAUCUCAUUGACCAUUAUAAACAUCCAGGAGCCCGUCACAAUUUGUUAACAAACAACAAAGGAUUAUGCUCCGUCAGGGAGCUCUCUCUUGUAAAACACCGAAUAAAAGUUUGUGAACCUCUCCGGAAACUAACUUCCGAUUAAUUUCAAGGUUUUAAUUGGUCUAAAAAUAACUUUGAUGAAAUUCACAUCAGUUCCCAGGGCGAGCUGAGACUGGGCGUUACCCUCUCUGUCCCAUUAUUCUCUCUUAGUAUGAGUCAUUGAGUGCUCAACCGAUUCUCGCUCAACUUAAUUUUAAAAACCCCUAUAAACCACUGUGGUAAACCCCACAUUAGGGUACCUUGAGGAAACUCUAAAAAAAGUGUCCAGUACAUUCUUGUUGGGUUGACUACAUAUUAUUAAUAUUUGCUUUUAGGGUCACACUAGAUCCUGGGGAAGCAUAAAGAAUUUAUUAACGCCAUGUUACUCUAAAGGAAAGCCAUCAGGGUAAGCAAACCUAUGUUAAAGAACGCUGCGGAUUUAUGCUGUUAGUUUUUCACGUGUUAACUUUUAUUAAUGAAUAAACUGUGGUGCCGCGUUGAAACUCAAAACGUUAGUUUUGUCUACCAGGAUGUUAAGGACAAUUUGCUAUUGUAAAGAAUAUUUUCAAUACCCAGGGUAUAGUAGUGUCUUCGUUUCUAUUAUCCUGAUAAUAAGGACUUUAAUUUUCAUCGUGCAUUGUGCCUCUUCACCCAAUUCCCUGUUUAAUAGCAGAGGCCUCUGUACCCUUUCCUCUUUUGCCUAGUUGUAUAUAUGCCGCGUUAUUGACCAAACGUGAGGUUAAGAUGGCUGGUUAUUGAUCAAGGUCCUUUUUUGACCUUUUUACGGACCUAGACGAAACAACAGGGAACUCUCUCUUGUUAGAAAUAGCGGUUUAUAAAAACGCAAACGCCACUAUCCAGCCAUCUCGAUCGAGAAAGGUGAUAACCCAUAUGUUAAGCAAAUAAUGUAUCCGUCCAUACCUGUCCAGUCAUCCUUGCUUUCAAUGUCAAGGAUUUAUUACAUGUCUAAAAGAACUUUUCUUACGGGGCCAAAGCGGGAAAUCCCGAGAGGGUAAGAUAAGUCCAUCUUGCCUGCUCAAAAAGCCAAUCAGAACACAGGAUUCGCUUCGUCUUGCCCCCUUCCUGAACCAGCAACUUGAUGGGUCGCAGUUAGUAGAAAUACCCAUAGGCGCAUGCUUCAAACUCCAGGAACUAGACGACUGAUUUGUAGGUUCCGGCCAAGCUCUGCCGUUGCCAUACAUCAGUGGAUUAGCGUCCCGGUGGGGUGAGGGGGGGUUGCUUCCUUUCCGAUAAACAGUCAUGUACCUUUCCGUUACGUUUGCAGGUCAUAUGGACCAAUCAAUCCAACUCUGGACUCCACCUUCACAUUUUUGAAGACGUUUUUCUCAGAAGUUGCCGAGAGAUUUCCUGAUCAUUACCUUCACCUGGGAGGGGACGAAGUCGGUGAUAAGUGUUGGUAUGUGAACGCACUAGGUUAACAAACGAAGGAAUGUAAGUGCUUUACAUUGGCUGCUUCUUAGUGUUGAUCUAUCAAAAAAUGUCUGGCCAAAUAUGGCGAUGUUGUUGUGGUUUGGAUAUUGUUAGGUGUCUUUUCAAUUUUUAGUGUUCAUGCGCAUGCGUCAUUUGAUGAUCGACCAACCCGAGAAGUACCAAAACAAUCUUCUUCUUUUCCUCCCCUUACAGGGCAAGUAAUCCUAACAUUACAGCGUGGAUGCAGAAGAUGGGAUAUGGACAAAACUAUUCUCUUCUUGAGCAACAUUACGAGCAGAAGUAAGUUGAGCUUCAUACUAAGGGCGUUACUGGAUAGAGUCAAACCUCUGCUGACGGCUAUCCCAGGGUGUAGGGCCAUCCCAGGGAUGUAGGGGGCGGGCACGCAAUGGGAACGUGGGUAGACCGGGUGUCAAGUUCAGGAAAAGAAAUAUGGAAAUUUCGGGUCGUAGCUGUGCAGUGACGGCGAAAAAUUGUACUGUACUAAAAAGUGUGAUGUUCGUGCAGAAUUAUUGUUUUGCUUGUGUUUUUGUCCAGCGUGACAAAGGGUGACGUGUGAUGGGACCCAAACAGUAUCAGCGUGAUGCGUGAUCGGGCCCAAAUUAGCCACGAGGCGUGAAUGGGCUUAGCAGCGUGAUGCGUGAUUUACUAUUUUCACAACGCGUGAAGCGUGAUUUUCCUUUGAAAUUUCCAUGAUGGUUAAUGAUUAUCAUUUGAAACAAGAAGCAGAGACAUUUAAGAUAGAUAUUUAUGACACCAACUUCUUGCCCUUUUUCCUCUUUCCUCGACCUCUGAUUUCAUCAGAUCAAAUGUUAAUAGGAUACUUGUUAAUGUAUAUAAUAUUUUAUUUUAUUUUCCGUGAUGCGUGAUAGCUUGAAAAAAAAAUCGGCGUGAUGCGUUUGACGUUCCCGUCCCCAAUGCUGUCGUGGCCAAAUAAGCUGUCUACUGAUAAACUAAAUUCGCUUCCAUUCCACGUCUGUAUGUACAGCUCAUUAAUGACGAUAUGCAAACUUGAUCCUAAGAAGGUCUUUUGGAAAUCGAAAGAAAGAACAACAAAAACCAAACCCAACAAGUAAUGUUGGUGAAACCCCAGCGAUGACAUAUGAUUUGCUAUGAUGUAUAUAGGACCCUGAAUUAUCACGUGAUUCAUCUCUGAAUUCCUGUCAUAUUUUCAGCCUCCUACAGAUAGUAGCCGCCCUUGACAAGAGCUACAUUGUGUGGCAAGAAGUUGUUGAUCGUGACAUCAAAGUCCUCCCUGAUACUGUGGUGAAUAUUUGGAAAGGUGGCUGGAAGAAUGAAAUGGCAAAAGUGACGAGCAAGGGGCUCAGAGCAAUUCUUUCAUCUUGUUGGUAUCUCAACCGCAUUCAUUUUGGAAUAGACUGGUCACAGGUACUUUUCGCAUUUAUCAGGCUUAAUUCAGCCUUUCGCUAAGAUGUUAACUGCCAGUGACAGUUGUACUUGUAAUGUAACGAAAUUAAACUGGACCGUUUCUUGUUCUUUUUCAGUACUAUACUUGUGAUCCAACAGACUUUACUGGUAAGAAAUCAGUCCCACUGAUGAGGAGGAGCGAAUGAGGCCAAAUAAUUAUAUCCGAAAAAAUCCUAUUAGGCCAAAACGAGACCCAACAAGAGUAAAGCAAUGGCCAAGAACCUGAUACACGAAAAGAAAGUUCUCUUAUGAACAGAAGUUCUCCGAGUUAUUUUCACGUGUUUUGAGUUUUUUGUAAACCCACAGAAAAAGGAGUCUGCAAAAUAGUUCUUUUUCUUUUCUUUUUAUAUUUUGCGGUUAAAAAGUCACCCCCAAAUUUCUAACCCGAGAAAAAGUUCACAUAUCUUUAAUGUCAGACCCCCAAAAAGGACUUCGCACCUCCCCAUCACUAGUUAUACCCGAGUGCUCUUCCCCCCCCCCUCCCCUCCCCCCUGCGCAAGGGGCUCUUCUUACAGCGCGUAGUUACCCUGCUUCCUCGUCGCGAGCUUGAGAUAAGACUGAGAUGGUUAUUUAGCGGCUGAGCGUAGCGAGCAAAAAAACUGAAAAUAAGAAACAAAAUGGCCCAUGACUUUAUGCAUGUUUCAGAACGAAAAGAAGUGUAUCAUCUAUGUUCAUUGUAAAAGCAUUUGAACAGCAGUUUCAAUCUGUCUGCGAGCAAUAUUUUCUUAGUCCAUCGAGCAAACUGCACUAGAGAGGAAAAUAACAACGGUGUUAUUAGCCGUUAUCGUAGUGGUAGUAGUAGUGUUAGUGGUAGUGGCAGUGGUUGUGGUAGUGGUAGUGGUAGUGGUGGUGGCAGUGGGGAUGGUAGUGGUAAUGGUGGUGGCAGUGGCAAUAGUGGUGGUAGUGGUGGUGGUAGUGGUAGUGGAAGUGGUGGUGGUACGUAAUGGUAGUGGUGGUGGCAGUGCCAAUGGUGGUGGUAGCAGUAGGGAUGGUGACAGUGGCAACGGUGGUGGUAGUGGAAGUGGUGUUGGCCGCGGCGACAGCAGCAGUAGUACUGAGUUGUAGCAGUAGCAAUAAAAUUGAGUUUGAAGAGACAUAUUUGUUUUCCGAAAUAGGGGUCACUGUCUUUGAUCAUUUUCUCUGCUUGUUAUAUUAUUUCAGGCACAGACAAACAAAAGGAGUUAGUGAUCGGCGGUACAGGUUGUAUGUGGGGAGAGUAUGUUGAUGGAGGUAACAUACUUCCAAGAACCUGGUAAGAAUUUCAAAGGACCCUUUUUUUGAUAUUUUAUAGCCCAUUUUUGUGCGGGAGUGUCAAAUAACUCUUACUUUCGAAGCAAGUAUUAAACUCACGUAAAAUCUUGAAGGUUUCCUUUAACGAUAUCAGUCACUGGUUUCUCAAUUUGCUAUCAGUGAUUAACAGAUUCAUUGACAAGGUUCCCUCAGGUAGUUAGCAUUAAGUUAACUGAUUGUGUGUUUUUAGAGAUGACGCCAAAAUAGAGGAAGUAUGGUAUGGUGUGAGACUGAAAUGCUUCAAGAAUGAUGGAAGGAAAAAAAGAGGCACAGACUAAGGCUUUCACAAAGAUCUUCUCUCUCUUUCAUCGCAAUCUUUUUUAUUUCCCCAGGCCCCGCGCUCUUGCAGUAGGAGAGAGACUGUGGAGCAGUAAAGACACCACUAAUUUAGCCGACGCUACUGGAAGACUCUGGGAACACCGCUGUCGUUACGUAAGGUACGAUGUCAUAACCCAAAAUUAUUUUUUAAAAAGGGAUACCAGCAAUCAGUAUUUAGGAACUGAAAGUGUUCCCUGUCGUCUGUUGCUACGGAUGGACAAGUAUGGACAUGGAUUGAAACUUGAUAAAGUUUUAUUGCUAUACCUUCAUAAGUCACCAAAAAAAAACAUAUCUUCUUCAUAACUCCAAAGAAGCAUUUCGUGUAUCAGACUUUCUAAAAGUCCUUUUAUUUUUUUUCCUGGUUGGUUAUGCCAUAUUGACUUCGACUUAAAAACUUAUGAGAGGUCGACUUGUCAAGUCUAUUUGUGUAUUGGUUAAGGCACUGCACUUGGCAAUAACUUAAAUCCCAACAGAUUAAGGCCUGCGCUAUAGAGCUAAAAUGCUUAGGGGUUAGUGCAUGUAACAGCGACAAAAUCAUGUGCAGUUCACAGAAGGCUCUGCUAAGGCUGGUUUCCACAUGACCACUACGAUCACCAAGAAAUAAAGAAAAGUUCGAGACAAUGUAACAAUCUCAUGGAAACUCCACUUCAGCAUCCCGCUGAGAUGAACCUCAGUUCCUUGUCACGCAGUUUCCCAAUGAUCGCUGAACUUACCAGGGAACAUGAAAUCAGCCUGUCGCACUAUUUCUUAAACUAAUUAUUCAGUAAACUAUUCUUCCAAAAAUGCUAUUAGGGAUGUGCAGCGCACACGCAAGAACGUGUUUCCCAAGUACACGAGCACGAAGAUUUUUCGUCAUGUUGCAUGUUCAAAAAAAGGACUAGUUAUGUCGCUGGUGAAACUUUCUUUCCUCAACAUGCCCCAUAAAGGUCCUCACGACGAACGUCGCAUCACAUGUUUGACCUAAAUCUGCGCUGAGCAAAUUUCAUCGAAGAGUAUCAGCGCGCACAAAGACACGUGACUAGGCAUCAGACUCCUACUCGAUUACCAGCCGCUAUUCGGGAAAUGAGCCUGCGCUCUUCUCCCGAAAAAUCUCUUCUCUCUUCUCUGGGGGAAAAAAAUAAUAAACGGAGCUGAGAGAGCGGUGGAAAUCAAGCCUACUUAUCCCCCUGUGUCCCAACUUUAAUGGUUAUUUUUUGUCAUCUAACAGGCGCGGAAUUCCUGCGGAGCCCGGUGUCAGAUCCAAGUACUGCAGAUACGAAACUCGUUUUAAUUAAAUGACCGUAAUAUAAACCACACGUCCCUUCAUACAUGUUUUGCCAUGAAUUUCAGGCUGGACUGUGGGCAAGCUAUUAGUAAUAGAAAUGUUCGUGGAAAGACUCUUAGGGGUCAGUUAUUUAAACGGAGUUUAGCCAGCCUUUAACAAACCCGCGUUCUAAAUCAUUUUCAGUUUGCCGAAAGCAAAGCAUUUAUCGUGAACAGUUUCAUGCAAGCAUAUAAAGUAGACUAGACACGCAUUUUUCUUCUAAAGUAAUCCACUAGGGAAGAGAUCUACAGGUCCAAAGAUUUCCUAAACCGCGGUCUAAGUAAGACUUCGUUUAAAUAACCGACCCUUCAGUUCCACUAGAGGAAGGGUGGUAGUGACAUAACUAACUGGUUUUCAAAAGAGAUUUUUCUUGAUUUAAAAUAUAAUGGUUAGUUUUCAUCGUUACACUACAAAAGUAAUUAUUGAGCAGAGCACCAGUAGAACUAAAAUGAGCAAAACAGUAUUUGUGUGAAAGCUUUUAAUGGUACUUCAACUAACAAACUUGUCUAAAAAAAGAGCCCUCUGCCCGCCGAGUCAGUUAAAGGCAGUAUGAAUUAAUGACUAUCAACUUUCGUGACUACAACAAUCUUCCGCAAACACAAUUUCUGUGGGCGUUUUGAUCAAUUUACAAGCUACAACCUGCAUCGGUAAAUCUUGGGCUUCAUGAAACUGAAUAUUAAAACUAGUUUGCGGUAAUUUAUAAUAAAUUAAC